CCUAUGUGUACAACGUAUGUAUAAUUGUGAUGCGGUAGAGAGAGUAUAUAAAGUAUAUAAAAGGUGAUAAGUUUUUCAUAUUCAAAAUGAGUGCUUUGAAGGAAUCACCUGCAAUCGAAGAACAUUUAUUCAUUGUCUUGAACGAAUUGCAAAACCAUGAAAUUGCAGUAAAUACAUCGUUGGACAAUACUAUGUUACGACAUUGUCAUAUAGAAGCUAAAUUGCAACACAUUGGCAAAGUAAUUCCAAAUGUAACCACUAUACGUUUAGAAGGUGAAAACUUUAAAAGUAUGAUUAAUCAUACCAAUAAUUUAGCUGAGAAAGUGAGCGCUAAAGUUAGACAAUUGGAUCUUGCCAGAACCAGAGUAUGUGAAUGUCAGAGUCGUGUCAAUGACAUUCUUGAUCUUCAAUUAUGCAGUCAAGGUGUUGCUACUGCCCUACAAAAUGAGGAUUAUGAGCAAGGAGCAGCACAUGUUCAUCGUUUUUUACUUAUGGACCAGCAGCUUCUUGAAAAAACAGCUGAUGAUGUAUCUGGAGAUCAUACAAGUGUUACCAGUUCAUUGGCUACCUUGCAGCAGGCUGCUAAUCAACUGAGAAUGGUUGUCACACAGAAAUUUGAUGAUGCAAUUAAAUCUGAAGAUCUUGCUUCGGUAGAAAGAUUUUUCAAGAUUUUUCCUCUAUUAGCAAUGAAUAAUGAGGGACUGAUAAAAUUCUGUCAAUACUUGUGUACUAAGCUUCAAGAUACUGCUCAGAAAAAUCUCAAGGCAGCACUAGAUGUAAGGGGUACAGAUAAAAGGGCAGCUGUCAUUUUUGCAGACACUAUUACAUUACUUUUUGAAGGAAUUGCCAGAAUUGUUGAAGUUCAUCAGCCAAUCAUAGAAACUUAUUAUGGACCAGGAAAGUUGAUAACUUGUGUUGGAAUUUUGCAGAAGGAGUGUGACAGACAAAUUAAAAAAGUUGUUCUAGAAUUUAUGAAGCAUAGAGCCAUAUCACGAAAAGUUCAAAUAAUAAAUGAUCAUUUGAGAAAACAAAAUGCUGAAAAAGUUGAUCCCAAAGACUUGGAUCUUUUGUUGAGUGAAAUUACUAUAAUGCAUGCAAGAGCUGAACUAUAUGUUAAAUUUAUUAAAAGAAGAGUUAUUAAUGAUUUAGAAACAAGUACAACUGAUGCAAAACAAAGAAAAGAUCUGAUGAAUGAUUUUGAAUUAAUAAUUAAGAAUUCUGAAUUGGCACAUGGUAUGCAAGAACUGCUUGGUGCUUAUUUGGCACUGGAAAGAUAUUUUAUGGAAGAGAGUAUAAACAAAGCUGUUGGUAUGGAUGCAUUAGAUCAAGAUCAACAAACUUCUAGUAUGGUUGAUGAUGUAUUUUUUAUUGUAAAAAAAUGCAUUAGAAGAUCAAUAUCUAGUGCCAGUGUUGAUGGUACAUGCGCUGUGAUCAAUAUGGCAUGCGGGUUGCUUGAAGGGGAAUUUAGUGGUCAAUUACGUAAUAAACUGAGACAGGGUUAUCCAGCAGGCUACUUAGAUUUGACACAAGCUUAUAAUGCUCUCCAGACAAGUAUUCAGCAAGGACGUAUUCAUACAUCCGAUACAGAGCUUGCAAGAUUAAUGUUUUUGGCUUACUUAAAUAAUGCAGAAAUCAGCAUAGAGUAUACCGAAACAUUGAGUAAAAAUCUAAAAAUAGACAUUGAUCAAGCUUUUCCAAACAUGCAAAGCAAGGAAAAGGAAAAAAUUGAAAGUUGCUUAGCAGGAAUGAAGAGUGCAUCAUUUACAUUACGUACUGUUGUAGACUAUGGACUAGAGCAAUUACGAGUCAGUGCAAUUAAGCCGAGAGUAACUCCAUGGGUAGACGCAUUUUUAACAAUAGAUCAUCAAAUUAAUGAGGAUGAACUGCUAAGAUAUGAGACAGACGAACCGUUUGUUCAAACUUUAGUAAUGAACUUGGAGGGACUAUUGCAAGUUUUCAAAAAUAGCCUAACAGAACAAAAUUACUAUACACUUGUAGGAAUACUUACAGCUGAAGUGACUGCUCGCUUGGAAAAAGUAGUCUUGAAAUCGACAUUCAAUAGAGCUGGCGGGCUCAUACUUGAUAAAGAAAUUCGAUCGUUAGCAAGUUAUUUAGCUACAACAACUUGUUGGUCUGUUAGAGACAAGUUUGCUAGGCUUACACAAAUUGCCACAAUUUUAAGUAUUGAAAAAAUUGAAGAACUUGCUGAUUAUUGUGGCCCAGAUGCUAUAGCUUGGCGUUUAACGCCAGCUGAAGUGAGAAAGAUUUUAGGCUUAAGAACAGAUAUUAGACUAGAAGAUAUUAAAAGACUGAAAAUUUAAUAUUACAAUAAUUAACGCAGAAAAUUGUUAAAUUUUUAUUUUAUUUUUUAUUACAAUAUGCUUUUACAAAAUUAAUAGAAAAAAUUGUACAAGUGACAAUAUAUUAAGUAAAAUGAAACAUUUAAUAUAAUUGUAAA